AUGGACGCUUUCAUUAUAAGAAGCAGCAAAAAGCGAAAAUCCAGCCCAGACCCGGCGCCGGCUCAUGAAGAAUCAACCGAUGUAAAAUUGGCGAUCCUUUCGUCGCUCCAUCCCAGCGUCGAUCCAGAGACGCUUCUCGAUAUCUUGCUGGCCCAUGAUGGCGAUGUCGAGGCCACAUCACGGACGCUCAAGGCACGGUUGCCCAAGAAACCCGGGUCAGGCACCGCAUCGGCCGCGCAGUCGUCGCUCCGGUCCUUUGGUGUUGGUUUGGAUGGAUCCGCCUCUACCCCAUCCAAACGUGCCAAGAUACUGUCCCGUAAGGGAGCCACGCUCCAUUUGUACGACCCCGUCGACAUCAGUGAACACACGCCCUGCACCAUCAUCCACAACUUUCUGCCUAGCGAGGAAGCAGACUCGCUGUUGCGGGAGCUGCUGGAAGAGUCCAAGACGUUUGAGAAAAUCACCUUCAAAUUGUUUGAUAACAUCGUCUCGAGCCCGCACACCUCGGGCUUCUACGUGGGAAGCUACACAGAGAUGCAGGAGCAGAAGCAUGAAUAUGUUUACAACGGGGCGAGAAUGACGGAUGUCCGAACCCUAACCCCACAACUAGAGAAGGUCAAGGCACGGGUCCAGGAAACGGUCAAUGGGGAGAUCCAAGAGCGCAUUCGCACUCACUAUGGCGGGAAGAAACUGCAGUACCAGUCACCAGAUCCGUGGACCCCGAACGCGGCCUUUGUCAACUGCUACAACGGGCCACAGGAGAGUGUCGGCUGGCACAGCGAUCACCUCACAUAUCUCGGCCCCCGCGCCGUCAUCGGUUCCCUCUCACUCGGCGUAGCCCGCGAGUUCCGUGUCCGCCGCAUCAUACCCCAAGACGACGAUCCCAGCCCCGCUGCCCCUAUCCCCACUCUCCCCCAAACCACCACCCCCAUCGCAACAACAGCCCCAACAACAACAACAACAACAACAACAACAACAACAACACCAGCCCCACCAACCCCCCAAGACCCCAACCUGACCGGGCAAAUCGCCAUCCACCUCCCGCACAACUCCCUCCUGAUCAUGCACGCCGACAUGCAAGAACACUGGAAACACAGCAUCACCCCCGCCCUAACCAUCGACCCGCACCCCAUCGCCGGCAACCGCCGCAUCAACAUCACCUACCGACACUACCGGCCGGAUUUCCACCCCCGGUUCACCCCGCGCUGUCCGUGCGGCGUGCCAGCGGUGUUGCGGGUUGUGACGCGGCGGAGGGAGAAUAGGGGGAGGUAUUUUUGGAUGUGUUAUGCGGGGAAUGUGCCGGUGGUAGGGAGGGAGGGGUGUGGGUUUUUUAGGUGGGCAGAGUUUGAUGGGGAUGGGAGACCGGUGGGUGGUGGGUUGGGGGUUGGGGAAAAGGAGAAGGGAGUGGAAGGGGAUAAAGAUAAAAGCCGUACUGUAACGCAGGAGACAGUCAUAGAGCGAGGUAGUAAAUAG